CUUUAGUUUGUACUUGCUGACGCCCGGUAGAGAAUUAACGUUGCACCUCGGAGCUUCCACUGAAACAAGCGAACUCAUUCAGGCUUUCUGUUUGAAGGCUGAUCGUUUAAAGAUAAAAGAUGUUUUUGACCAGAUCGGAAUAUGACAGAGGUGUAAACACAUUCUCACCAGAAGGAAGAUUGUUUCAGGUUGAAUAUGCCAUAGAGGCAAUAAAACUUGGCUCCACCGCCAUCGGCAUUCAGACAUCAGAGGGAGUGUGUCUGGCUGUGGAGAAGAGGAUCACCUCUCCACUCAUGGAGCCCAACAGCAUUGAGAAGAUCGUGGAGAUUGAUAGUCACAUUGGUUGUGCCAUGAGUGGUCUAAUAGCUGAUGCUAAGACUCUGAUUGACAAAGCAAGAGUGGAAACACAGAACCACUGGUUCACCUACAAUGAGACGAUGACGGUGGAAAGCGUGACUCAGGCUGUGUCCAACCUGGCGCUGCAGUUCGGAGAGGAGGACGCUGACCCUGGGGCCAUGAGCCGACCCUUUGGUGUUGCAUUAUUGUUCGGGGGAGUGGAUGAAAAAGGACCCCAGCUGUACCACAUGGACCCUUCAGGAACCUUUGUGCAGUGUGACGCCCGGGCUAUCGGUUCUGCGUCAGAGGGAGCACAAAGCUCUCUGCAAGAGGUUUACCACAAGUCCAUGACAUUAAAAGACGCCAUCAAGUCCUCUCUGACCAUCCUGAAGCAGGUGAUGGAGGAGAAGCUCAACGCCACCAAUAUUGAGCUGGCGACAGUAGAGCCCGGUAAGACCUUCCACAUGUACACCAAAGAGGAGCUGGAGGAAGUAAUCAAGGACAUCUAGAGUAGAGAACUCUUGGUGGGAGUUCUGGGCU